AUGGCUGCUUCUAUCCUUGUUUCCAUGCCGGCCUGCUCGACGCUGACGGCGCCAGAGCUCGCUGGAAUGCGGCUGGAAGCCAAGGCCGUGCAUCCGGCACCUGUCAGUCAACGGAUUGUUGGAUGGAGAUGUCAGGCUGCAAACGACGAUGUCACUACCAGAAGGGCGCUUGUGGCUGUGUCUGGGGCGGCUCUUCUCGGCGCAUUGGCGCUGCCGCAGAGUGCACAAGCAGCACGAAAGAAGCCUCCUCCGCAGGAGGAGAAGGAGAAGACAGACCUGUCGGGGUACCAGGCCAAGCUGUACGAGAACAUGAAACGGAAAGAGGCUCUCAAGAAACAGAUUGCUGCUCUGAAGGAGAAAUAA